GGACGGCGGGGGAGGGAAGUCAGCUGAGCCGGGUCGCUGCCGCCAUGGGCGUACCGUGACGGGGGAGACGCUCGGCGAGGGGCGGCGGUGGCUGCCCCUGAGGCGAGCCUGGCGCGGCGUAACAGCGGGCGGCGGCGGCCGGUUUCCCUAGCGAUCGCCGUGGGCGAGCUCGCCCGGUGACUCGGCGGAUCCGGGGUGGGCCUGCGGGCAGGGCGGGCUGCGCCGGGGAAGGCAGACGCUUCAGAGAUGUCCAGCAAGUUGAAGAGCCAUCCUGCUGAAAAUGGAGAGGAUCCCAGGAAUAAAAUGGAAAACGGAACAGACAGCAUGACUGCCCCAGCCCUUAGUACUUAUACCCCAGAAGAGAUGGUACAACAGAUGAAAGAACUAAUCACGGAGAACAAUGAAUUAAAAGAAGCCAUGAAGUUGCAUAACCAAGCUAUGAAGGACCGAUACGAGGAACUUUCCAUCUGGCGAGAGAAGCAGAAAGAAGAAAGAGAAUUUUACGAGUUAAAGUUUAAGGAAGCUAAGCAGUGCUUGCAAGCCAAGUGCAUUGAAAAUGAACAGCUACAGCAACAACUUCACAGCUUAAAGGAAAAAGAAGAAGGAGCUGAAAUGGAGGGCUGCGUGGCUCCUGAGAAGGAAGUGAGGCAGCUGAAAUCCCAGGUGCAGCGGCUUCAGGCUGAGAAGACAGAUCUGCUAGCCAUCAUUUCAGAACUGCAGGUCAAGCUGAACAUAUCCUCAGUAGAGGAUUCCUUUGUGGAGAUUGGGAUGAAUGAAGGAGAAAUAAAUAGAACUGCAAAGGAGCAUCAAGAGAAUAGUGGUGAAACGACCAGUAACGUUGCUGUCUACAUGAGAAAACCUGCAGAUGAAUCUAAGAAUUUGGAAUCUGAAGAGCUAACUGUGAGCCAGCUGCUCUGCUGCCUUAGAAACGAAACUCAGAAGAGGGAAAAACUUGAGAAGGAGCUGCAGGAUCACAGAGAGAGACUAUCAGAGCUGGAGAAGGAAACCAGCAACUGCCUGGAGAGUGGGACACAAACUGAAUGGGAAGAAGAGGAGAGUUCAGAGGCUGUUGGCAGUGAAGUAGAAACCCUGAAUUUGCAAGUUUGUGCUCUGUUUAAAGAGCUUCAGGAAGCCCAUGAGAAGUUAAAAGAAGCAGAAUUGAUUCAGAAGAAGCUUCAAGAAAAGUGCCAAGUACUGGAAAGAAAAAGCUCAGCUGCUGCAUCAGAAUUGGAGGAGAAGCAGGAGCUAACAUACACCAUCAAGAAGCUGGAACUUCAGGUGGAGAGCAUGCAGGCAGAGGUCAAGCUGGAGCAAGCCAAGACACAUGAAGAAAAGGCAAGAUUUAGUAGCUUGCAGGAUGCAUACAGCAAACUCCUUCCUGAUCUCACUGAGGCAAUGAAAACAAUCAACGAAAUGAAACUUAAAGAGCUGGACAGAGUGGAUAAAGUUGUGGUGGAACAACUGAAUGCAAAGGUGGAGUUGGCAGAACAAGCCCUUGCUGCAAAGCAACUCCAGAUAGAUGAAAUGAAGCAGAUAAUUGCUAAGCAAGAGGAGGACCUCGAAACCGUGGCUGUGCUCCGCGCUCAGAUGGAGGUUUAUUGUUCUGAUUUCCAUGCUGAGAGAGCAGCAAGAGAGAAGAUCCAUGAGGAGAAGGAGCAGUUGGCUGUCCAGCUGGCAUACCUGCUAAAAGAGCAGCAAAACCUUGAAGAUCUUGGCCGAAACUCUUUGGCGGAGAUGCAGAAUCGCCACGGAGCCAGGGCACCAGAUCAGGAACACUCACCUCGCCUUGUCCAACGAGGAACUGGUAAUCAAGACUGGCCAGAGCAGCGGAAUAUCUCAAUGUAUUCAUGUCCCAAAUGUGAAGAAAUUCUACCUGAUUUGGACACGCUGCAGAUUCAUGUGAUGGACUGCAUUAAUUGAGUGAUGCCCUCCAAUUCUUCGCCUGCUGGAAUUUCACCUGCCCAAACACUUUUGGUUUUUUUUCUUCCUGCUUGAAUAAUGCUCAACUCUACAUCCCAUGAAGGAGGUUUUCAGGGGUUUUCUCAUUAAUUCAAUGGGAAAAGGGUAAAAGCCAUACCCUGCCCUGUAUUCACUAAUCUUCUUUUAAUCUGCUCUAGGAAGAGAAUUUUUAUAGGUUAACAACAUGGAUGCAUUAAAGAAUUCCCAGUGUGUCUGCUGCUGUGAAAUCUUUAAGGAACAUUCCUCUGAUGUGCUCUGCUCUUAUGGCUAGCCCGCAGAACAGGGCUGAAUCACUGAAGUCAGAAGGGAGACGGCAUAUAUGCUGAUCAAUUAAAGUACCGUGAGCUUGUAAAUACUUCAUCUCUCGUAUACUAUAUAUCAGGAAACCAAUACCUUAAAAAAGCUGUUCGAGAAGCUUUCAGCAAAAUGGAGUAGUGCUGUAUUCGUUGAGCAUUUGAAAUGAACCCUGCUCUUUCUCCAGAUGGCAGUUUUAUUGCUGCCCUUGUGACCAUACUAAUCUGAUGUUAAAUUUUUGAUGGCUUACGUAACUUCUUGCUUUAGCCAGCUGUGGAUAAGGUUUACAACAGAUCAUUUAGGUCUGAUACAUGUAGCUCCUUGUGUACCUAAGUCACUUGGUUUUAUAGAACUGUUCAUUUUUAAGGUGUUGUGUUGAUUCUUCUUUAUAAAUUCAUUUGAACCUGUACAGUAUUGUGCUAGAAAGAGUGGAGAUGGAUGUAACCUAAUUUGAAGAGAAGAGUAUAAUGGAUUUUCACAUCUCAAAAUAAAUCUAUUGCAAGUAUAAAAU